GUGGUCAACACAAUAAGCAUCUUGCCCGCCAACAAGGCAACGAGACGCUCACAUUUUUCCUCCAUUUCACAACCCCACAACUUCAUAAAUAGCCUCCAACAUGUUCAAGCAUUCCCAGCAACGAUCACAACAAAACAACAACAAGACCCAAAGUCAACAUGGAACCUCUCAGAUAGCGACAAAAUCCCUAGAAUUAACACCCUCCAGAACGAAAAUGGACAAGCUCUCCAUUUCGGAAGGUUCACUCCAGCGCUACAUCGCGGACGGAGACGAAGUCGAUAGUCAGAGCGAAGAAAUAGUAUCAUCCCCUCUUCCUCCUUCAGAACUUAGAAGAGGGGGAAGAAUCUCUGCUCCCCUAUUAGCCACUCAACCGGGUGCUGUCCGUGUCCAAGGCAUUUCUCCGUCGGGUGGAGGGCUUUCUCAAGACUCAGAUAACGACGAAAGCUCCUCCUUCUACUCGGACGAACAAUCACGAAACUUUCAAACACCGCUUGUGAAUGCUGAACUUGUGGUACAACCAGACGAAGUGAUUCCUGCCCUUCCCAUUAUGAGAUCAGCCACCGAGGCCACGAUCACCACAAACCACAUUCCAGCAGAAAUCUUUGAAGCAACACCCGUCAAUCCACAGGAAGAACACGACAAGCCACAGCCAAAACUCUCCGAAUUACUCCAAAACACCACUGUCAGAAUCGUCCUGGUUGUUUUGAUUUUGAUCAUUCUCGGUUUGAUAGUUGGUGUGAUUUUGGGACUCAGCACUAGACAGGUUGUUAUUGAGGUCGAAGACGAAGGAGAGCUUGAUUCCUUCUUCCAGUCGGUGAGCAGUGACAAUGACGACUGAUUCCAUCAAGCGCCAUGAUGCCACAUCAAUUGACUAGACACUAUACAGUAGUAGUAUCGGCAGAUUAAAAUGUAAUCCAGCAGUUUUAGAAUGCAUUGUGUAAAUGUAUGUAUGCAUGUAUGG